AUGACUACCACUGGGGAACAAUUAACUUUAGCACGGGACAUCAAGAGGGCAAUAGAAUUACUUGAAAAAUUACAACAAAGUGGCGAAGUACCUGCGACGAAACUUGCAGCUCUACAGAAAGUCCUACAAAGUGACUUCCUUAAUGCUGUAAGAGAAGUUUAUGAACAUGUGUAUGAGACUGUAGACAUACAGGGAUCAGCUGAUAUUCGUGCGUCGGCGACAGCAAAAGCGACGGUGGCCGCUUUCGCAGCAGCAGAGGGACACGCUCAUCCCAGGGUUGUCGAGCUUCCAAAAACAGAAGAGGGUCUUGGUUUCAAUGUUAUGGGUGGCAAAGAACAAAACUCACCAAUAUACAUUUCGCGAAUCAUUCCUGGCGGGGUCGCUGAUCGCCACGGUGGACUAAAGAGAGGAGAUCAAUUGUUGUCAGUUAAUGGUGUAUCAGUCGAGGGAGAGAAUCAUGAAAAGGCUGUAGAGUUAUUAAAGCAAGCUGUAGGAUCUGUGAAACUUGUUGUACGUUAUACUCCUAAAGUGCUAGAAGAAAUGGAAAUGAGAUUUGAUAAACAAAGAACCGCUCGCAGACGUCAAAAUUAUAACUAA